GUCCAGUCUGCGGCGGUAAUGUAGCAACCAGAUGAAGAAAUAGGCGUAGUAGAAGAAGAAAGAAGCGGAAGAGCGGCGGAUGUUUUGAUCUGUCGGCUUACAGAAAAUGUCAAAAAAGUCAAAAAAGAGAAAGCGCAAGAAGUUGUCAUCCUCAAGUGAAGAAGAUGAGAAGGCAUCCAAGAAACGAGAUGUUACCAAGAAGUGCAAACAUGGCAAGAGAAAGCAAGAUGUAAAAAGUCAGGAGAGCUGUGCAGCAAAACCGGAAAAUUGUGCUUUUUCUACCGUUAAAGAUGUUUCCCAAAGCACCCGCCAGAUCAAAAAGCCUGUCUACAGACUGGCAAAAACACAAGCAACAGACCAGAAACCUGUUAAUAAGGAAGAAGAAUGUACAAAAUCAAAACGUGUCUUAGUGCCAUCCCAUUGGGGAAAAUGCUCUAGUAAAGCAAAAAACGAUAUUUCAGGGAACGAGAAUACUGUCAGUGGGAGUAAGACUGUGAAAAUGGGACACUUAAAAUCCUCGAACAAUGCAGGUACAGUUCCUCAGAGGACAGACAAGACAUCUAAUGAAAGAUCAGAUAAAAAGUCUUCCCAAAGGAGCCCAUCCAAAAGAAAAAAGCAGCUAAUGAGUCCCAGUUUGGUUUCUGCUGAACAGAAAGAACAGAGGCAGGAUGUCCUGGAGAGGGAGCACAGAGCUGAGGAACCAUCAAGGACUGGAAAUGACAGCAACACCAUCAAGACCAGGGAACCAGACAAGACUUCCUCCGCUUCCAAGGAUACUUCGUGGCAAAAGAGAACCGAACUGUUCGAGAAGAUGUGCCAAAGGCAUAAAAAAAAUAAGGCCAAAAGGAGCCUGUGUACAGAAGCCAAAACCUCCUCUUCCUCUACCACAAAGCAUUCCUCCACUUCAGCCAAGCAGACUACCUCAGUGAGUAGCUCAAAUGUGGUGAAGAAUGUCACUUCAAUCCCAGGGAAUGCCACAUCAGUGUCACACAAGACAGCUAAGUCAUCAUCUGCUCAGCAACAAAAAUGCUCUAUCGCAUCACCUCUUCCUCUUAAUUUUAAGAUACCAAAAAAGGUUCAACCAAGGCCAGUAGGUAGCACAGGUAGGGAUAAUGAUGCUAGUUCUGCAAACAGAAAUCUCAAACAUGGGACUGAGAUUUCAGCCUCUGGGGCCUCGAGGAGCAACUCCAAGCAGGAAACUGUCCAACAAGCUCACAGCUGUUUGGAUGUUACACCUAGUUGUUCAUCUGAAGGACAAGAUAAGAGGUCAUCUUUGUCAGAUCAACUCCCAGCUACGUCUCAUACCGUCACUGAGCCGUGGUAUGACCAGAUGCAAGUGGUUGAAGAGCUACAUCUUGCCCGUUCUGAGAAGAGAUUGGAGGUGAAUGUAAUGCAAAGCUAUGGAGAAUUAACCUGUAUGGACAUAGACCUUCCAGAAGAGGGAGCUGCAGACACAUGUAAACAACCUCCUCAGCAAGACCUAAUCCUUGUUUUGGACACCAACAUUCUCCUCAGUCACCUGGAUUAUGUGAAAAAGAUCAGAUCUCACGGCCUUGGAGCCUUGGGAUUCCCUAUAGUCCUGAUCCCCUGGGUGGUGCUUCAGGAGCUGGAUUCCCUAAAACGGGGGAAAGGCCUGUCAGGUUCUGUGGCCCACCUGGCAACUCCUGCCAUCUCUUACAUUUACAACUCUUUGAAGAAUCGGGAACCUCACCUCUGGGGACAGUCUAUGCAGCAGGCCGCUGAGAGCAGCAAUGGUCUGAAUGCUGAGAAUAAUGAUGACAGGGUGCUGCAGUGCUGCCUGCAAUACCAGAGUCUCUACCCAGAGUGUGCUCACAUUCUAUGCACUAAUGAUAAGAACCUAUGCAGUAAGGCCCUCCUGAGUGGGGUGAAGGCCCUCAGCAAGAGUGAUUUAGAGGCAGAGGUUGGAAGAUCCAGACAUGGCUUUCAUCCUCUGCAAAACAUUAAGACUCCCAUGCUGCCUCACAUCAGCCCUCCUGUCUCCUCACCAGUGCCAAGGAGGAGCUACACGCCAGUCCAGCCACACAGUCAAGAGAGAACAGGCAUUUCUGAAGAGAAAGAUGACAAGCGGCUGACCAAAAGAGAGGAUGAAGAGAAGACAAACUGGGACCGUGGCUGUGUUUCUGAAAUAGAAGACUGCCUGCGAGAGGUGCUGUCUGAUGUGUUAGAGGUGGAGAUGAAGGCUGCUUACCAAGAGCUCUGGCUAGAGAUAGUUUACCUGAAACCACCAUGGACUCUUCAAGAUGUCCUGCAUUGUUUAAAAAAGCACUGGAUUGCUGUUUUUGGACACAUUGUUCCACGGAGGAAGCAGCAAACUGUUUUAAACCUCAUCGACUUCUUCAACUCAGGUGAAACUGCGGACUGUAGCGCUACCUCAGCGGCCCUCCAAGAAGCUAAGGAGCUUGUGAAAGCGUUUGGGAAAAGUUCAAGCCGUGUUCCCAGUGCCAUCUCCAUAAUGGACAACAUUUACAAUAAGCUACAACCGCAGUGGGAAUCUCCUGCCUGUGAUGUUGUCAUGAAUGAUGAUGAUGAAGACAAACAACCCACAUCUGCUCAGGUUUCUCACCAGGAAGUAUGGGCCCUGUUUGAGAACAUCUGGGCUAAUGUGUUCCAAUUAAGCUUAGAAGUGUUCAAAGCUCUGGGCUUUGACCCUCACACCAUGCAGAGGGCUCAAUCAGUAGGAGGCCCUCCGCCACCACAGGACGCUUUGGUCUGUUUGCACAAACUGUCCUCCAUGGUCUCACAGCUGCUCCAAGCCUUCAGCAGUGUCUUGUCCUCAGCUCCUGGUUUAGAGGAAGUCCAGACACUGCUCGGCAUCAUCCACUCUAAUAAGAUUGUUGAUGUGGAUUCCAGAUUGACAGCAAAAGACCUUCUAGAUUGUUUCUCACAACAAGACUACAGGGAGAAGCUGAGAGUUGGAGGGAACCAGUUAAUGGGGCUGAAAGAGGCCCUGGAUCGUUGUGUCGGGACCUCAGGUCAACAAAUCCCCUUUACCACAUCACUGUCCUGACUGGAUCAGAAUCAGGGAGUCUGCACAUCAGCCAAACAGAUGCGCUGAAUAGACGAUAUCCUUUACUUGAA